GUAUUAAUAUAAUACAUAUGUCUAAUCAGGAUGAUGUUCCCCCGCGAUAUGCUGAUACUGGUGCUCGUCAAUCAAGAGCUCGAAUGGAAUAUGAUUAUGGGGGCAGUGCUUCACAGUAUGGUGAUGCUUAUGGUGAUAGAGUUGGAAGAUCAAAUCUUGGAUAUGGCAGUGGCAGCCGAAGUUCUAUUUCUGGUCAAGAAUCACACGGGAUGUAUAGCAGUCGGCAGGGAACAGGUUAUGGUGGAGGAUCUUAUGGUGGCAGUGAUGUUGGAGGCAUGUACUCGUCAAGUUAUGGUGGUGAUUACGUUUCUCGUGGAAGUGAUGUUGGCGGCAGCUCAUAUUCGUCAAUGUAUUCUGGCAGAGGUGCCGGCGGCGGUAGCAGUUACAUGGGCAGCGGUGGAUCUGGAUCUUAUUAUUGAGGUAAGUAAGCCGAUAACUCUUUGGCAUUGAACUUUGUGUAUUACAUUAGAAUGCAUAGGGUAUAGAUAUAUUUUUCUAGAGAUUUCGCUAUACCUAUACUCGAAAUGGUAUCUCUUAUCUUUUCGCAAGGGCUGGCGAAGGUUGGACAUUAUGGUCACCAGUGAAUUUGUCUAUUAACAGAUCUAUUAUAAUAAAGUGGCUGCCAUAGGAUGACAGCCUUUGAAGCUUAUGGAUGUUAUGAAGCCUACAAUUUGGAGACAAAGGAACAUUGCUAUUUAUAGCAAUAUAUUUGGGAAUUUGUCGCAAAAAAGAGCGUCAUGUCAAUCCAAGCUAUCUUAGGUCUUCUUUGGAUGGGAUGUAAUAUAUCAGUUCUUGAUUUUGUGCUGUAUGGAGUCAAGUUAAUGAGAGACGGAAAAAGAAAUAUUUAGCAGUGAUGUGUAAUCAAACCUUGAUUUAUGAUACCAUUUAUGGGCAGAUAAUGUUAAAGAUUUGUCA